AUGGCGGCCACGAUGGUUCAGCACGUCACCGAGUCCAUCUUCCCCAGUAGCGCCGCCUCGCGAAGCUCGCAGGAUGGCCCGGCCAAGCCGGUCGACCUGAGCAAGCAUCUCCACCUGGGCAUGUUUGAGAUUGGGAGGCCGCUCGGCAAGGGCAAGUUUGGGCGUGUUUACCUCGUCAAGCAUAGGCCGUCGGGCUACAUCUGCGCCCUCAAGGUGCUGAACAAGAUCGAAAUCUGCCACGACGGCGCCGAGGUCCAUGUGAGGCGCGAGAUCGAGGUCCACAGCAACCUGAAGCAUCCGGGCAUCAUCUCCUUCUACGGCUGGUUCCACGACAGGAGGCGCAUCUUUCUCCUCAUCGAAUACGCAUCGGGCGGCGAGCUAUACAAGACGUUACGAAAGGAGGGUCGCUUCUCAGAGAGGCGGGCGGCGAAGUACGCGGCGCAGGUCGCCGAGUCACUGCGCUACCUGCACUCGAAGAACGUGAUGCAUCGUGAUCUCAAGCCGGAAAACAUCCUCAUCGGGCUCCACGGCGAGAUGAAGCUUGCCGAUUUUGGCUACAGUGUUCACGCCCCGAGCAACAGGAGGGAAACACUCUGCGGAACUCUCGACUACCUGCCUCCCGAGAUGCUUCGCCCAGGUCGACCGCAGUACAACAAGGCCGUGGAUCAGUGGACGUUAGGCGUGCUGACCUACGAGUUCUUGACGGGCGAGGCGCCGUUUGAGGAUUCGCCGAUGAUGACGAAGAGGCGCAUUGCGAAAGACUUUGUUCAUUCGUUACUCACACUUGACCCGGCGAAGCGUAUACCGUUUGACAAGGCACUUAGCCAUCCUUGGAUACUCAAGUAUUGCGAGCGGUCAUAG